AAUGCGGCCGCCGGAAGAUUCCGCGAACUCGUACCCCGCCCGCCCGGCCCACUCCCGAUCCUAACGGGCGCUCCCUUGUGCCAGCCAUGGCCAUCUUUGGGGGUCCCAGCGGGAAGCUGAAGGUGGGACCACCCACUUCAGAUCCACUGAAUGGUCUGACAGAAGUGGACCAGCAACUUAUCCGAGAUAUUUGGGCAAAGGUGUUUGACAAUGCUGAAGAAAAUGGCAGGAUUGUUAUCAUCAGGUUCUUCACAGAAUACCCAGAGAGUAAGCAGUAUUUCAAGAACAUUCCGACUGAAGGGGACCUGAUGAUGAUCCCGGAGGUGGGCUUCCAUGGCCGGAGGAUCAUGGUGACCCUGAACCAGCUGAUUGAAAGCAUGAAUCACUGGAAGCAAGCCUGCAAGCUCAUUGGGCGGCUGGUGGAAAGCCACAAGAACAUACACCAGGUCCCACUAGGCAUGUUCCAGUUCCUAUUUCAGGCCAUUCUCUCUGUCUUCCAAGAUCUCCUCAAAGAACAGUUUACUGAUGAUGCCCAGUUAGCCUGGGAGAAGUUCUUCCUGAUUCUUCGAGAGGAAAUUGAAGCUGCUUAUGCACAAGGACAGAAGAUUUGAACAAGCCCUGACUGACGUUAAGCAGUUGGGGAGUGGAUCCUCACCUGAUUGUGCUCAUAUGGGAGGAAACAAAGUGAAAAAAUACAUGAAUUAAAAUAUAAAUAGAAUGAAAUGAAAUGAAUCCUUGAAAAAAGUGCUUGUUCUUUCUCCAUGUUGUACUCUUUUCUUCCAAAUUCUCCAGGACACCUCAGUCCAGGAAAAGAUACACAUGUAUUGUGUGUGUGUGUGUGUGUGUGUGUGUGCGUGCACGUACAUGUGCUUGCAUGCACAGGAGUGGGACUAAUCCCAGCAGGGUUUGUACCAUGGUUACCUGAGGCAUGGUUUUCUUAGCCCAGUGCGCUUAGCUUUUGUGACACAUAACUUGCCAUCAAGAUGGGCUUCCAUUGCCUGGGGUUGCUUGAGUGGGUUUCCUUGCUUUCCCACUGAGAGAAGGAGCUCCCCCUCCCUCCACAGCCCCAAGAGAGUUGCCAGGCAAAUAAAGCCAUCUCUGGAAUCGUUCCAUGAAGGUUGGAUUUUAGAGGAAGAAGGCCAGCUUAGGGCAUGUGGGGUGGUGACUGUAGACUGGGGGCCUGUGCUCCCAUGGUUGGUGGUAAUAGGUGGGGGAAGAAGCCCUUUGGUCAACUUCAAUGGAAAGUUGUUUAUCUAUUGCAGAUAUAAACCUCUGCAGCCCCAGAGGACUCUAGGCUAUUUAGGGGUCCCUGUGCAGCUUGGAGGUGCUGAGCCUAGGCAGGAUGCUGCCACAGGUGCUGAAAGUACCCCAGCCCCCUACCCACCAUGUGACUUGGCCUCUGCUAAGAUGGGAUCUGGGCCAAAGUGUGCUGGUGGGUCUAACUGGUCAGGGGUCCAGGAUUCAGGGUAAUGUUACACAAGUGAGGGAAAUUAUCUGCACAGGUCUGGUCACUGUCCUCCUGGGGGUUGAUUUUGGACCAGAUACACAGUGGCAACCGCUAGUCACUGCAUUGGAUCCUAAAUAGCCCUUUUAUUGAAAUGAAGGAGAACCCCCUUUCCCUCCAGGUCGACCUUGCCAGAAGGAAACACUGGCCAUUGGUUCACAGUGACCCUGGUGCACCACUUGCAACCGGUGGCCCAGCCUUCCCUGUUGCUCAGAUGGCAGGCUCCACCAUGUCCACUGUUCCUCCUUCAGCCAAGGGCUGGGCUUAGCUCAUCUGUGGCUGAGGGCCCUGAGCUGGACAAUAAGUCUUCCUGCCUAGUGGUGUGUGUCUCACUGGCAGGAACAGCAGUGUGGAGGAGAGCCACUUUUGCUGUGACUGUGGAAGGGGCCCCAGGAUUGGGAGGUGUUGGGAAAGGAAUCUUUACUCCGAAUAUAUUCCUGGCAAUGGCCGCUUGCCUCUCCAUGGUCUUCUCUGCUCCCAAUCUGGUAUUUCCCAAGUGCCCAAAAGUGUGCUGCUGAAAUUAGGUGUGUGUGUGGGGGGGGGAAAUUAUUGUGUGAUCUAGCCCAAAUAGCGAAGUAAGUUUGCCAACUCUGCUCCUAGUUCUCCUCCACUUCUGGUCUUCCUGCCACAGCAAACACCCUGGUUUCCUUAUUCCUUAGGUUGCUCUGGGAUAGGAUUUCUGGGAGGGGAGACAAGCCUGAUUCCACCCAGAGGCAAAUGGUUCUUAGCUAUAAAUGACAGGGUUCUCCAUUAUAGGUGAAGGUGCCCUUUUCCUUUAUUAUAUGCAAGCAGUUUGGUACAGUGUUAAGGCACCAGGCUAGAAACCAGGAGUAAUGAAGUCCAUGGUAUGGAUAACCAUGGACCAGUCACUCCUCUCAGGCAUCUGAAGAAGGCAGAGGCAAGCCACUUCCCAAUCCUUGCCAAGAAAACUGCAAGGACUAACCCAGACAGCCACCAGGGAUCAACACUAGCUCAAAGGCAGGCACACUCUCAGAGUUCCUUCCCAAUAGCCAUACGGUCCUGCUCUUCCCUCCAGCCCCCAAAGCUAGUGCAACAGUCAGGCAGCGGUUCAAAGACAACUUUAUUGGUCAGUGGCCCAGGUGAGGCACCCCCAAAGGCAGGCAGCUCAGAGGAAGGCAAAGGAAGG